UACCGUUCCCAGCAGGCGGUGCGGUGGAACGCCUACAACUCCCGGCAGCACGCGCGCGCCAGGCGUAUUUCAAUUCGCGGCCUCUGCGGGUGAAACUACAGUUCCCAGGGGCCCUCGUGCGAAGCGGCUUGGAAGUGGGCAGCCUGGAAGUCACUCGGGCCACCGGAGCUGGCGGCGUCUCCAGCGAGCAGCGCGGGGCCGGACGUCGCGGUCGUGGGGCCCGCAGGGCGCUCAGUGAGGACGCCCAGAUUUAUUUAUUUGAAAGGUGGAAUUACGGUGAGAGCAAUAGAGAGAGAAAUCUUCCGUCACUCCCCAGUUGGCCACAACAGCCAGAGCUGAGCCAGAUCCAAGCCAAGAGCCAGAUGCACAGUCUUUGAUAUCAGCUCUUCAGGGACACACCAGGACCAUUAGUGUCAAGAACGUACUGAGGCAUGGCCGGGAGGACACCCUUGCCGCCCGCUCUGCCCUGCUGAGCUGCUCCAUCAGGAGCCCCCGGGACAGCCCCUGCCUCCCAAGAUUGUCCUGGCUCAGCUGUCCACAGCGAUGGUGGAGAACUGGACUGCACAGGCUCACAACCUUCGCGUCUGGUUUCAGGGGCCAGCAUCCUUCAUCUUGGGCCUGGCGGCCCUGAACAAUGGCUGAGGGCCAGGGGACCCCAUAGAGCCACACCACAGCUUGCAGGGCCCGGCAGCGCUCCAGUGCCCGUGGACUAUGACCACCUAUCGGCCCCUUCCCAGUGAUGGCGUCGACCUGGCAGCCAGCUGUGGGGCCAGAGGCGCUGACGUCCUCCCUGGGCCACACACAGGGGACUACACUCCCAUGGGAUUCUGGGCCCAAAAUGGCAGCAUGUCCCAGCCUCUCAGUGAGAACCCAGCCACCUCUACCACCCGCCCCAGCCCCACCACCCCUGCAAUGCCCAAGAUGGGCGUGCGCGCGCGAGUGGCGGACUGGCCCCCCAAACGGGAGGCUCUGAGGGAACAGAGCAACCCGAGCCCCUCCCAGGACGCAGAUGGCAUGAAGGCCACCAAAGUAGCCCACUCCGUGAGGAGUGUGCAGAACGGGCAGCCUCCCGCCAGCACUCCAGCUUCCUCAGGGUCCAGAGCCUUCCACCGACUCUCCAGGAGAAGGUCCAAAGAUGUAGAAUUCCAGGAUGGGUGGCCUCGGUCACCGGGCAGGGCCUUCCUCCCACUGCGACACCGCAGCAGCAGCGAGAUCACCCUCAGCGAGUGUGACGUGGAGGAGGUAGGGGAGCCGCGGGGCAGCCGGCACACAGGUGCAUUGCCCCUCUUCCGGGAGUACGGCAGCACCUCCUCCAUCGAUGUGCAGGGAGUGCCCGAGCAGAGCUUCUUUGACAUUCUCAAUGAGUUCCGCAAUGAGCAGCCCGAAGCCCGCGGCUCCCAGACACUGACCGAACUCCUACGGGCAGAUCCCGGUGCACAUCUCACGGGGAGCAGUGGUGGCACCAAGGGGGACCCCCGCAACGGGCAUCCCUGCAAGGACAGUCUCCUCCCCUUGCAUCCCAUGAAGGAGAAGGAGAAGGCCCGCAAGAAACCUGUACGGGGCCUUGGCAGCGGAGACACUGUGGACUCAUCCAUCUUCCGCAAGCUGCGGAGCAGUAAACCAGAGGGUGAAACAGGCCGGUCGCCCGGAGAGGCCGAAGAGGGGCGGAGCCCCCCAGAAGUCAGUCGACCGUGGGUGUGCCAGAAGAGCUUCGCCCACUUUGACGUGCAGAGCAUGCUGUUCGACCUCAACGAGGCAGCGGCCAACAGGGUGGCCGUGGCACAGCGACGCAACACCACCACGGGGGCCUCGGCGGCGUCUGCUGCCUCAGCCAUGGCCUCUGUAACAGCGUCACGGACCCACAGCCUGGGCGGCCUGGACCCUGCCUUCACCAGCACGGAGGACCUCAACUGCAAGGAGAACCUGGAGCAGGACCUCGGGGACGACAACAGCAACGACCUGCUGCUCAGCUGCCCACACUUCCGCAACGAGAUCGGGGGCGAGUGUGAGCGCAACGUGAGCUUCUCGCGGGCCUCCGCGGGCUCUCCAGGCAGCACUGAGGGCACCCUGGCCGAGCCCAGUCUGAGCUGCUACCGCACCAACGCCAGCAUCUCGGUGCUAGAGGUCCCCAAGGAGCAGCAGAGAACGCAGAGUCGGCCCCGGCAGUACAGCAUUGAGCAUGUGGACCUGGGUGCCCGCUACUACCAGGACUACUUCGUAGGCAAAGAGCAUGCCAAUUAUUUUGGCGUGGAUGAGAAGCUGGGGCCAGUGGCCGUGAGCAUCAAACGGGAGAAGCUGGAAGACCACAAAGAUCACGGGCCUCAGUACCAGUACAGGAUCAUCUUCCGGACCCGUGAGCUCAUCACCCUCCGGGGCUCCAUCCUGGAAGACGCCACCCCCACAGCCACAAAGCAUGGGACGGGGCGGGGCCUGCCCCUGAAGGAUGCUCUGGAGUACGUGAUCCCGGAGCUCAACAUCCACUGCCUGCGGCUGGCUCUCAACACUCCCAAAGUGACGGAGCAGCUCCUGAAGCUGGACGAGCAGGGGCUCUGUCGGAAGCACAAGGUGGGCAUCCUCUACUGCAAGGCGGGCCAGAGCUCCGAGGAGGAGAUGUACAACAACGAGGAGGCUGGCCCGGCCUUUGAGGAGUUCCUCUCCCUCAUCGGCGAGAAAGUCUGCCUCAAGGGGUUCACCAAGUACGCCGCCCAGCUGGACGUCAAGACUGACUCCACGGGAACCCACUCCCUCUACACAACGUACCAGGACUAUGAGAUCAUGUUCCACGUCUCCACCCUGCUCCCCUACACCCCCAACAACAGGCAGCAGCUGCUGAGGAAGAGGCACAUAGGCAAUGACAUAGUGACGAUCAUCUUCCAAGAGCCCGGAGCACUGCCCUUCACCCCCAAGAACAUCCGCUCGCACUUUCAGCACGUCUUCAUCAUUGUCCGCGUCCACAACCCCUGCACAGAGAAUGUGUGCUACAGUAUGGCUGUGACCCGAUCCAAAGACGCUCCUCCCUUCGGUCCCCCGAUCCCCAAUGGAACCACAUUCCGCAAAUCUGACGUCUUCAGAGACUUCUUGCUGGCCAAGGUGAUUAAUGCUGAGAAUGCUGCUCACAAAUCCGACAAGUUCCACACCAUGGCCACCAGGACCCGCCAGGAAUACCUCAAGGACCUGGCUGAAAACUGUAUAUCCAACACACCCAUCGACUCCUCUGGUAAAUUCAACCUCAUCUCCCUGACCUCCAAGAAGAAGGAGAAGACAAAGGCAAGGGCGGGUGCGGAACAGCACAGCGCAGGGGCCAUCGCCUGGAGGGUGGCAGCUCAGGACUAUGCCCAAGGAGUGGAAAUUGACUGCAUUUUGGGAAUUUCCAACGAAUUUGUGGUGCUUCUGGACCUGCGCACCAAGGAGGUGGUGUUCAACUGUUACUGUGGGGAUGUCAUUGGCUGGACCCCAGACUCCUCAACACUGAAAAUCUUCUAUGGGCGAGGGGAUCACAUCUUCCUACAGUCCACAGAGGGUUCUGUUGAGGACAUACGGGAAAUUGUGCAGAGACUAAAGGUGAUGACCAACGGCUGGGAGACCGUGGACAUGACCUUGCGUCGGAAUGGGCUUGGGCAGCUGGGCUUCCACGUAAAGUACGAUGGGACUGUAGCUGAGGUGGAAGACUAUGGGUUCGCCUGGCAGGCUGGCCUCCGGCAAGGGAGCAGGCUGGUGGAGAUCUGCAAGGUGGCCGUGGUCACAUUGACCCAUGACCAGAUGAUUGACCUGCUGCGCACCUCAGUCACCGUAAAGGUGGUCAUCAUCCCCCCUUUCGACGACGGCACACCGCGGAGGGGGUGGCCAGAGACCUACGACAUGAAUACCUCGGAGCCCAAGACCGAGCCAGAAAGCGUCCUUCCGGGGGGCCGGCCCCCGUACCGCAGCAACGCUCCCUGGCAGUGGAGUGGGCCGGCAUCCCACAACUCUCUGCCAACCUCCAAGUGGGCUACUCCAGCCACCCCUGGCCAUGUCCAGUCCCUGAGCCGGCCCCCGAAGCAGGCCCCCAUGGUCCCCUUCCGGGAGCCGCAGCCACUGCACAGCAAGAGGCCUGUCAGCUUCCCGGAAACCCCUUACACAGCAUCACCAGCAGGGGCCGACAGAGUCCCUCCCUACCGACAGCCUUCUGGGAGCUUCUCCACCCCCGGCUCGACCACCUACUCCAGAUACAAGCCAUCCCCAGAAAGGUACGCGGCUGCCCCACACCCACUGCUGUCUUUUGAUCCCCACUUCGGCCACGAUGGGACAUCCAGUGGAGACUCCUCCUCAGGUGGGCUGACCAGUCAGGAGAGCACCAUGGAGCGCCAGAAGCCAGAACCGUUGUGGCAUGUGCCGGCCCAGGCGAGGCUCUCAGCCAUGGUUGGAAGCAGCGGGAGCAAACAUGCCUCCAGGCAGGAUGCAACAGGCAAAGAUUCCCCCAACAGGCAUUCCAAAGGAGAACCUCAGUACUCAAGUCAUUCCAGUAGCAAUACACUCUCCAGCAACGCAUCCAGUAGCCACAGUGACGAGCGCUGGUUCGAUCCCCUGGACCCCCUGGAACCAGAGCAAGACCCCCUAUCAAAGGGUGGCUCCAGCGACAGCGGCAUCGACACCACCCUCUACACCUCCAGUCCCAGCUGCAUGUCACUGGCCAAGGCACCCCGGGCCACCAAGCCACACAAGCCACCUGGGAGCAUGGGCCUGUGCGGUGGGGGACGCGAGGCCUCUGGAAGGUCCCAGCACACAGAGAGGCGGCGCGAGGUGUCACCUGCCCCUGCAGUUGCCAGCCAGAGCAAGGGCUACCGACCGAAGCUGUACUCCUCAGGCUCCAGCGCCCCAACUGGACUGGCAGGGGGCAGCCGGGACCCACCAAGGCAGCCCAGUGAUGUGGGCUCAAGGGCUGGCUACCCAGCUCAGGUUUACAAAACGGCCAGUGCAGAGACUCCUCGGCCCUCCCAGCUGACCCAAUCCAGCCCCUUCCAGCUCUCCACCUCGAUCCCCAAGUCCUUCUUCUCCAAGCAACAACCUGUGCGCAAUAAGCACCCAGCAGGAUGGAAGAGAACUGACGAGCCCUCACCGCGGCCACUCCCCUUCAUUGACCCAAAGAAGCAGGUGGACACAAACACCAAAAAUGUCUUCGGGCAGCCACGCUUGAGGGCGUCCCUCCGAGACCUCCGGUCCCCACGCAAAAACUACAAGUCCACCAUUGAGGACGACCUGAAGAAGCUCAUCAUCAUGGACAACCUGGGGCCGGAGCAGGAGAGAGACGUGGGGCAGCAGUCGCCCCAGAAGAGCCUGCAGCGGACACUGUCAGAUGAGAGCCUAUGUAGUGGGCGCCGGGAACCCAGCUUCGCCAACCCUGGCAGCCUGGAGCCAGGGCUGCCCAGUGAUGUGCUCUUCACCAGCGCCUGCGCCUUCCCCGCCAGCACACUGCCCGCCCGCCGCCAGCACCAGCACUCCCUCCCACCCGGCGGCGGCCCUGGUGGCCCCAGUGCCAUCCCUGCUGCUGGCAACGGCUUCCCAGAGAAGAAAGCCACCAUCUCGGCCUCAGAGCUGUCGCUGGCUGACGGGCGGGACCGGCCCCUGCGGCGCCUCGACCCGGGGAUGAUGCCACUGCCUGACACAGCCUCUGGCCUUGAGUGGUCCAGCCUUGUCAACGCGGCCAAGGCAUACGAAGUGCAAAGAGCCGUCUCACUCUUCUCUCUAAAUGACCCAGCCCUGAGCCCGGACAUCCAGCCUGCACAUAGUCCAGUGCACAGUCACCUGAGUCUGGAGAGGGGGCCCCAGACCCCCAGGACCACCCCUACCAUGAGCGAGGAGCCACCCCUGGAUCUGACAGGCAAGGUGUACCAGCUGGAGGUGAUGCUGAAGCAACUGCACACGGAUCUCCAGAAGGAGAAGCAGGACAAGGUGGUGCUGCAGUCGGAGGUGGCCAGCCUGCGCCAGAACAACCAGCGCUUGCAGGAGGAGUCCCAGGCAGCCAGUGAGCAGCUGCGCAAGUUCGCGGAGAUCUUCUGCAGGGAGAAAAAGGACCUGUGAGCAGGAAGGAACACCCUGCCCGCCACCCUCCUCCGGGCCCCCGGCACCUUGCUGCAGGAGCUACUGCCUCCUGCUCUCCUCUCGCUCCUCCUUGGCGCCCAGCUGCUGCAGCUGUGACCAAGAUGAUCCAUCCAGGGCCCCGAGCAUCAUUGCUUCCACAGACCUCCCAAUGAACUUGGAAACCCCAGGCUGGCCACAG